GAAACCGAAGUGCUCUCGUGAUGCCGCGUGUGUGGAGUACAGAUCGGCGGGGCGCAGCAGCCGCACAGGUACAAGCGCACCGCGAGCGCCUCAGUUUUAUCCAACCCGAGAAUGCCAAGAGAGACGGCGUUAUCUCCAGCUGCUUCCCACACCGCGUGGUGGACACUUGAAGGGUGAAGCGUGAACUUUGAAGCUAAAGCUGGGAGACGCUACCAACUGAACAUGACUUUCAUCUGCACUCUAGGAUUUAAAAGUUCGCAAAAAUGAAGUUUGGCAAAAGCGUCUGUAUCAUAAACGUGGGUGGCACCAAGUACGCGUUUCCAAAGGACGUAAUCAAGGAUUUCCCUUUGAGGAGAGUGAGUCGUCUCCACAGUUGCGCCUCGGAGAGAGAAGUGCUGGAAGUGUGCGAUGAUUACGAUAGAGAGAGGAACGAGUUCUUCUUUGACAGACAUUCAGAAGCGUUCGGCUUCAUUAUGCUGUACGUGAAGUACGGCAAACUGCGUUUUGUCCCGCAUAUGUGCGAGCUGUCGUUUUACAACGAGAUGAUUUACUGGGGUUUGGAAAGCUCUCAUUUGGAGUUCUGCUGCCAGCGGAGACUCGACGAACGCAUGUCCGACACGUACACUCACUUUACCGAGGAGCACCACAAAACGGCCAAUGAAAUUAGUAGGACUGAUGAGUCGUCAAACGGGAAGCGGGACUCAAAGUGGCUGGAGCGAAUGCGCAGGACGUUCGAGGAGCCCACCUCCUCUCUGGCAGCGCAAAUUUUGGCGUCCGUAUCGGUGAUUUUUGUCAUCGUGUCCAUGGUAAUACUUUGCGCAAGCACUCUUCCUGACUGGAAAACUGCCGAGAGCAACAUGGUGGAAGAGCACAGGAUCAUUGAGGCGGUGUGCAUCGGAUGGUUCACGGCAGAGUGCAUCGUGCGCUUCAUUGUGUCCCGAGACAAGUGUGAGUUUGUGCGACGUCCGCUGAACAUCAUAGACCUGCUGGCCAUUACCCCCUAUUACAUCUCUGUCACCAUGACGGUUCUGACUGGAGAAAACUCUCAGCUGCAGAGGGCUGGCGUGACGCUGCGUGUGCUGCGCAUGAUGCGAAUCUUCUGGGUCAUCAAGCUAGCGCGACACUUCCUAGGGCUCCAGACUUUAGGGUUAACGUUGAAGCGCUGCUACCGUGAGAUGGUCAUGCUCCUGGUCUUCAUUUGCUGGUGGGUUAUUAUCUCCAUGACGACUGUCGGCUAUGGAGACAUGUACCCCAUCACUGUGCCAGGACGUGUGCUUGGUGGCCUGUGCGUCGUGAGCGGUAUAGUGCUGCUUGCUCUUCCGAUCACCUUCAUCUACCACAGCUUUGUGCAGUGCUACCACGAACUCAAGUUCCGCUCGGCCCGCUGCACCCAAAGCCUGUCCGCCGAGUUCCUCAACUGACCUCCCGGUAGGUUUAGCUAUGACCAUUAACGGGACUCAAAUCUUUGCUUUCUGCUAGAGAAAUCGAUGUCUAGUGUAAAGAUCUUCCGAGGCAUUUCCAUCUGCCACAUUCAUCUCCAGAACCGACUCUUCAGUAUGUGUUGUAUCUGUUACUCAAGGGGCUGGAGGAGGCUACCAUGGUGACAGUAUCACAGAGGCCAGGUGUCCUUGACAGGUGCACACUGCUGGAGGGAAACUUUAAGAGGCCUUGAAAAGACUCCACGUCAUGGCUCAACAAGCCCUCAUUCUCACAGAGAUCUGCGCUUUACCUUAUACAUGUGGCGUUUCUCCAAAGGAUUUAGCUUUUGAAUGCCACUUAGGCAGCCCACAGUGUUGGCAAGCAGAUAUGAGAGAAAUAAUUUAAUCAUCUUGUCACCCAGGAACCUUUCUCUUUGAUGAUGCCUUCAUUUAUAAGCAAUGGAGUUUUAAAGCAGUACCACUUUUUCCAGCAUUUAAUAUACUGAGAGCCUCUCUUUUUUACUUACAAUAGAUUACAAAAAAACAUGAAUUUUAAUCACUCUGUUCCACUUUCUACAUACUCUUUCCAGGCUACAUUGUUGUGUAUACUCAAUUCAGUGUGACAGCAAACCUCCAGAGGUAGUGGGACAUAAUGAGCGGAAUAGACUGAGAAUUACAAGGAUAAAGUGAGAGCUGUGUGGGCAGCUAUGCUGAGAGGAACAUAACGGGCCAUGGAGAGAGAGUGCUGUCAUGGAGAGUUGGGUGUUUUGGAUGACACCACGCAGAGCAUGUAGAGUUCUCCCCAAAUCCUCUACCUCUGAAUGUCCUCUACUGCCUUGCCGGUUUUCAUACGGGAGCGAGAUGCCUUGAGGCUCGUACACCUUCUGGGGUUUCACAGAAAGCUCUCUGUAGGUCCAUGGAAGGUCCUGGAGAUCUUUAGUGACACAGCUACCUCAAGGCCAUCUCCUCCCAUGGAGUCACCCAUGCCACCCACUUCUCCCCGACUCAUUGCUGUCUCUAUUUUGUUGUGGCUCUUAUGUUCCUCAGUGCUCUUAAAGGAACAUUCAGAGAAUGUGCUGUUAUCUGUGUUUUUGUCUUUACACAUUUCUGCAAGUGCAUCAAGGCUUCUGCUAGAGGAAAAAAGGGCGUAAAAUUGUAACAAAACUGUUAUUUGAUGUUAAAUAACGUAAAUAAUCUUGACCUGUUUAAAUUGUAAUAAGAAUUUUAAAAUGGAAGUCAACAUUUAAGAAAGUCAACAUGAAAAUUGACCCUGUCUAUGUUCUUGGUGCUCACUGAUCUGUGCACAUUAUUCCAGAUUCAGAAAAGUUUGUCUUAAUAACUUGCCCCACCUCUGAAAUUACUUUCCUUAGCUGAUGCCACAAAUCCCUGUUAUGUUUUCAACCCCUUCCCUUCAACCACCAGGUCCAUCAUGGUACGUGAUAUCCACUUUUCAGCAUUCAGUCAGUUUCAGAUGAAUACAUUCAAGUCCUAUCCUACACCUUUCCUCACUAAAUAUGCUGUUCUGUUUCA